AUGGCAACCUCCCGAUGCUACCAAGAUUUGCGAGAUCUGGCCCAAUCCAAGGUUCCUCGGGAUCCUGACGCUCAAGGCCGUUUGUCUCUGAUUGGAGUUUGCAUGACUAUGAUUGACUGUAUCAUCCCAUGGAUGAUAUGGCUGCUAUUGCCGUGUCUGCUGCUCCAGAAACUCGUCCACCAUGGACGAUACGAGAGCCUGGAGCUCGUUUGCGACUCCUCGGAAUACCCCCCGGUUCCAACUUACUUUGUGGUGUAUCUAGUCCUGGAAGUUCUGUUUCACGUAUCGAUGCGCAUCAAGCUGGCAUAUCUCCAAGCCAAAGAUCCUCUUGUGGAAUCUCUCAAAGCCGGUGGCAUCAUGUCAUUGACUCAAAGGAAAAGGCAUUGGAAUCAAACGAUGAAUGCCGUAUCAGACAAUCCAUCCAAAUUCUUUCAAGACUGGUUCUUUGGCACCAAAAUGGAAGAUCUGUCAAUCAAGGAUCUGCGGAACUUUGUGGCUUGGAGUUGCUUUGAGGGACGACUAGUGGAGCAUCUCAGUCCUCGAGAAAUGCUGCAGCUAGAUACGUUUGUACGGGAUGCACUCCUCCGAACCAACCAUCCAAGACAAAGCCAGCUACAAGAAUCAAGAGAGGUUGCUAGUAGUACACCUGUCCUUCAGAGCCAGAUUAGUCUGUCGGAGACUUCUUGUUCUACAACCGAUUCGCUUUCCGAUGAAUCCUCAUUGUCAUCUGCUUCAUCCUUGCGGCCAGCAGACGAGGACGAGUUAGAGUCCACUGACCAACAAGAACUCAUCCAGAACAGAGCAGCCAUCCACAAGGAGCUCCUGUGGCGUCAGCUACGACUCCAACAAUCAAAGCCAAUCCCAGAGGCUCAGCUUGCGGAGCUGAUGCGGAAUGUGACGGACUCUCACGCUGCUUCGGAAUCCGCUGCUCCUACAUGUAUUAUUCAAGACCACACCCGUGCUCGUCGUUUCAAGCAUCCAACUGUUGACCCAAUACUGGGUGUUCGGAUUGCCCCUCUCUUUGUCCAUGUCACGUUCGUCCUCUUUUCCCAUGUCCUUGGUAGCAUGCUCUUGUGGAUCCUAGGAUUUCAAAAGUACCAAGCAGGCUCCAUGACAUAUUGUUACCGGUCUGGCAACCAGGAAAGAACUACACCGCUGGUCUUUAUCCAUGGCAUUGGCGUUGGUCCCAUUGCCUAUGUCGUUCUCAUUUUCCAAAUGAUAAUGAUGACAAGUGGCCGUCCAGUGUUCCUACCGGAACUGCCUACCGUGUCGGUCUGUCGACCAUGGGUCAUGCCCAGUGCUUGUUUGUCACCCCAACAAGUGGCCACCUCACUCUCCAUGAUGCUUGCCAAUCAUGGAUUUGCCAAGGCCACAUUCUCUGGACACAGCUUUGGCACCUUUUGGAUGACCUACUUGGUCAAGUAUGCCCCCUCUGUGGUGGCAGGAUUGGUGUUUGUAGACCCUGUUAACUUUUGUCUCUAUGACCCUCUCUUGGCAGAUCGAAAUGUUUACAACGAACCUGACCCCGGCAAUAUUGGGUACCUGAUUCACACAGACAUGAUGGUUUGUUGGUCCAUCCAGCGCAACUUGUGCUUGAUGGAGGGCAAUCUGUUUGUGGAAGAUAUUCCACAAGAUAUCCCUGUAGCAGUUUUUGUGAGUGGGGAAGACAAGAUUGCCCCCUCCAAGAUUCAGCAGACUUACCUACAAAAGCACCGGGAUUGCAAGGUCCAAAAAUUUGAGGAGGCCAAGCAGAAGAAACCUUGGGAGACUCAUGAUCUCUCUGUCACUGUGUUUGAUGGCUGUGAUCAUGGUAUGUGGCUUCUCGAUCCACAAUACAAAAUCCCACCUCUGAUUGCAGCCAUGGAGUCAUUGACAGAUCGGACCAAUUAG